AUGGAGCAUGAGGAAGUCGGAGUAUCAGAGAGUAACAUGCCUCCUAAGAAGUUUCACUUCAAGCUGAACAGCUGUAAGCUCACAGAUGGAUGCUGUGAGGCACUGGCUUCAGCUCUCAGAUCAAACUCCUCACCCCUGAGAGAGCUGGACCUGAGUGACAAUUACCUAGGUAAUUCAGGACUGAAGCUGCUCUUUGCUGGACUGGAGGAUCCCAGCUGUAAAUUGGAGAAGCUGAAGUUGGGCACCUAUGAUCUCUCAGAGGAAUCCUGUAAGGCGCUGGCUUCAGCUCUCAGAUCAAACUCCUCACCCCUGAGAGAGCUGGACCUGAGUAACAAUAUGCUGUUCGAUUCAGGAGUGAUACUGCUCUCUGCUGGACUGGUCGAUCCCAGCUGUAAACUGGAGAAGCUGAAGGUGGGCAGCUGUGAACUCACAGAGGAAUGCUGUGAGGCGCUGGCUUUAGCUCUCAGAUCAAACUCCUCACCCCUGAGAGAGCUGGACGUGAGUGACAAUGAUCUGCAGGAUUCAGGAGUGAAGCUGCUCUCUGCUGGACUGGGGGAUUCCCACUGUAAACUGGAGAUAUUGAGGCUGUCAGGGUGUAGAAUCACAGAGGAAGGCUGUUGUUCUCUGGCUUCAGCUCUGAGGUCAAACCCCUCACACCUGAGAGAGCUGGAUCUGAGCUUCAAUCACCUAGGAGACUCAGGAGUGAAGCUGCUCUCUGCUCUACUGGAGGAUCCCAGCUGUAAACUGGAGAAGCUGAAUGUGGACCACAGUGGAGAGUGCCGGACCAGACCAGGCGUACAGAAAUGUAAGUUUUUUUUAAACCAUUAAUUCUCCAUUCAGUGUUGUACAUGAAUGCCCUACACAACUGCCCUUCUUUGAAGGCACUCAUAUUUUUGGUGGACGGUGAACUGAACACAUCAGUUUGCAGCUAAUGAACAUGAACGUGAGCAUUGUUCACUCUGGCAAGAGUGAAC